GACCUUAACCAGUGUACAGGUGGAUCAUUCGCCAUAUGGUAACGCAUAUUUAACCCCACCACAGAUGGGCGAAGGAUGGAGAAGGACAAACUCUGAUUCUGCCCUCCACCAAAGUGCCAUGGCACCCCCUUCCGAGCAGCUCAGUCCGAACACACCUCCACAGCACAGGCGAACAGACACCAGUCCAGGGAUUGGAGUAGUGGAAGUAAUAGGAGAGAUGCAAGUGGAGAAUCCAGCUAUGAAAAAUUAUUGGGAUCCGAAAAAGGUUGGUUCGCAGUCACGGCCUAAGUCAUGUGAAGUUCCUGGAAUCAAGAACCAUUGGCAUUUAAGGAAAUUGCAUUUAAGAGGUAUAUACCCAUCACAAGACCAGGACCCUGGCGGGCCAAGUAUUCCUCUCUCCAACAACACUGGUUCUCUCCCAGACCUAACAAACCUGCACUUUCCACCACCACUUACUACACCACUAGAUGCCGAAGAUCAGCAGCAACCGCAAAACUAUUCCCAACAGGGGAGCUUAUCGCCUACAUCGGUCCACCCCAUGGGGGGCAUGGUCCACCCGUCCCAGCAGAGCCCGGCACAGAGGCGGAGAAGUCCCACUCACACACCCAGUCCGCUUAUCCUGGGAAGUCCCACACACAUGCGGCAUUCCAUGCCACCACAGGGUUCAUGGGAUGCACGAUUACACCAUACAUACCAGCUUUAUCACCAGUCACAAGAACAGCAGCAGCAGCAGCAACAACAACAGUCUCAGCAACAACAACAGCAGCAGCAGCAGCAACAACAACAGAAUCACCUUCCAUCAAGUCAGCAAAAUCACAGUCAAACACGUAUGGUAAACCACCAGCAGUUAGGUUACCGAGGCAGUCAGCCGUCCUCCCCGACAUCUCCUCUGUCACAGCAGUCAUUAUCACCAACGCAGUCCCCCGGGGUGCCAACCACCACCAACAGCAACAACAGUAACUCCCCAUUUACCAUGGAUGCAUAUUACCUGCAGCAGCAACAGCAGACAAAUGCACUGCAGCACCAGUUUGAACAAUUUAACAUGCGGUCUCCAUCACACGCACAGAAUCAGUCUCAACUAGCGCAUUCUGUACCUCAGCAAUCACAGUCAGAAGCAACAAUUGAAAGCUUGCUAGGACUUGAUUUGCUUCAAGACAAUCUCCCGACAUCACUGGCUACUUCAGUGGGCAGCAUGAACACAAGUUUGAAUAAUGGAGGCAUCUAUCAGCAGUCAAACAACAUGCAUUUUUCACAAGCAAACAUGCAUGGUCUUCAUGGUAGCCAAGAAUUUCAACAAAACAGGUAUUACAAUAAUCCACAUAACCAAGAGGUGCAGAAUAUGGUCCAGUCUCAGUAUACAGGGCAGCAGAACAACAUGAUUCCAGAUAUCAUACUCACAGGUGCUGAUGAAAGUCUGUCUCGCCAGGAUUUUGCCAGGGAUAUAGGCACUGCUAUAGGUGGCAUGCCAGCAGACACUUUUGACUCUUCCGACUUUUUCCCAUCUGACGAAGCCCUUAAAGUAGGGCUAGAUCCACUAGAUUUUGACGGGCUUCAAAUGCUGUCGGACCCAAAUAUGGUAGCAGCAGACCCAGACACAGAAAACCAAUUUAGAUUGGACAAAUUGGAUAACAGGGCAUAACAUGUCUGUGAGUUGUUCUAGGGAAAAAAUACUACCAAAAGGGUUGAUCGCUGAGGACUCUCUAUCUAGACAGAUCAUUCAAGGUCAGAGGCACGAUCAAAGGUCAAGGUCACAGCCUGGGGCAUUAAAGAUACCUGCCUAGAAUAUACCAGGACCCCUGACUCAAUAUGGAAAAUAAACAUGCAGCAGAGUGGUCUGCAGAUCAGAAUCUCUGGGCCCUAAAGACAAGGACACAGGAGGCAGACGAGAUGAAUGGAUUCUUAGAAUGAUAUUCCAAUCUUCAGGAUAUGAAUCAAAUUUCCAGAAUUCCAGAAUGAUGAAAUGUGAUGUGUUUUUGACAUCACCAGUUCAAUAAACUUUUUUUUCUAAUCAAAUACUUGUUAAUGGUAGGACUUUGUCUUGCAUUUAUAGUAUAUUACUUGUAGAGGGGGGGUUAAUGAUAGCUAGAGGCCAAGAAAACAAAUAGGCAUCAACUCAGUAACAACAGCAGUCUGAACAUUUGCUACAGUAUUCUGUCUGUUUGUACAGUGUACAUAAACAUAUAUAUUAUAUAUUUCAUCAUAACAUCAUUGCAUUUCAUUUCCUACUAUUUAUAAAAAUCUCACCAUAGGCAAGAAAAAUUACCAAGAAAUAACUGUCAUCUCAAAGUAUUGGACAGUGUUCACAUAAGUAGUAGAAAUUAGUAUAAU